UGAGGACCAGCGCUUGCGCUGUUGGCUGCGCGCCCCCGUCAUUCAGCGCAUCCUCGUGCUGCUCCGCUGCUGUUGAGGAGGAAGGGACAGGCGCGCAUGUGUCAGUGACACGGAACCGCACGGAGCGCGUGGACAGCUGAGAAGGUGGAGCAGAGCAGCGGGUUCUUGGCCGUCAGGGAGCCUCGUACCGCGGGGACCAUGCUCAUAGCGCGCCGCCUCCAGCUCCGCUGCUCUGUCGGAGCUGCGCCGUCUCCACAGGAACACUUUUAGAAAGAGCAUCGCGUCUUCACGUCGCCGUCUGCGCGGUGACAAGUCCAAGUCAGAGUCCGGUCCGCUCCUCCUCCGGAUUUGGGUCCAGUCUACGAGAAGCCCUCGUUUGGUCCGGCCAGCAUGUUGGAGAUCGGGACUCUGCUGCUUCUGCUGCUGCCGGUGUUUCCUGUGUCCGGUGAACUCCAGCAGGAGACGGAGCAGCGGAGGCUCCCGCCUCCGGGAAAGUUGGAUUUCGGUUAUGUGCCCGCGGGAGUUUACGAGACUCUGGCCCAUUACGAGCCGGGACCCAUUGGAAUUCUGUUCCACUUGGUGCAAACCUUCCUGCGCGCCGUGCAGCCCAACGCUUUCCCUCACGAUCUCAUCGUCAAACUGGCAAAGGACAAGUUUGGAGCCAUUCAGACAGAAUAUCAAAAGCCAGAGAACAUAGUGCUGACCCUUCAGGCCAUCUACUAUGAGAUAGGCUUCCUGGUGUGUGCGGCGGUGGGCCUGCUCUUCGCCAUCCUCAUGCCCCUCGUGGGGCUAUUUUUCUGCAUGUGCCGCUGCUGUGACAACUGCGGCGGCGAGAUGCACCAACGCCAGAGGAAGAACGCAGACUGCCGGCGCGGCCUGCUGGGAACGCUCCUCUUCUCCACGUCGCUCGUCAUCACGAUUGGGGUGUUAUGUUCAUACGCUUCCAACCAGAACCUGAGCUCCCAGGUGAAGAACAUUCGACGCCUCGUCAACAGCAACAUGAGAGACCUGCACACCUUUGCUAAUGACACACCAAUGCAAAUUGAUUACCUAAUAUCUCAAUAUGCAACAGCCAAGAACAAAGUCAUCUAUGACCUAAAUAAUAUAGGCCCAUUGCUGGGUGGAAGGAUACACCAAGAACUGCAUAAGGAGGUCCAUCCUGCCCUGGACCAAGUCCUUAAUAUGGCUGGAGCCAUGCGAGAAACCAGGGAGGCCCUGGAGAACGUCAGUGUGUCCCUGGUUGUCCUCCAAGAGGGAACGGGGAAGCUCAGCUCUGACCUGAGCCGGGUCCGCAGCAGCAUCAACAGAACCCUCAGCCACCCCGACUGCCAUGAUGAAGAGUCAGACGCCACCACAGUGCAGCUGUGCAGCAGCAUCCGCCAGUCACUGCCGCAGCUGCAGAUCGGCGCCAAUUUCACACGGCUGCCCAAUGUGAACUCUCAGCUUGAACGGAUAAAUGAAGUGGUGAAAACAGACCUCAGUGCUGUUGUCCAGAGGGGCUUCUCCUCUUUGAACGACACGCCACACAUGGUGAUAGAACAGACACGAAGUGUUGUUGACAGUGUGCAGAGUUUGGUGGAUGGGAUUGGCAACAACAUCAGCAGCUUCUCCAAAGUAUUUCCUGUUCAGAGUUUCCUGUCCAACUACACCAUCUUCAUCAGCCACGCACACGCCAAGAUCGAGGACUACUACCCAGAAAUUGACAAAAUUGACUUCUACAGGUGGAUAGGCUGCAUUGCCCUUUGCUGCAUGGUGGUUCUGGUGUUGGCCUUCAACUACCUGGGACUCCUGUGUGGCACCCUGGGAUACGACAAGCACGCCUCGCCAACAACACGAGGAUGCAUUUCCAACACUGGAGGGACCAUGCUUAUGGCAGGCGUUGGAUUUAGUUUCAUCUUCUCCUGGGUGCUGAUGGGAGUGGUGACGAUCCUGUUCCUGGCUGGAGGAAACAUGGAAAAACUUGUCUGUGAGCCGUUCCACAACAAAGAGCUCUUCAAGGUUGUGGACACGCCGUAUCUAAUCAACCCCGAGUGGAAGAACUUCAUCCCUGGUUACUUGUACAACGACUCGGAGCUGGAGCUGACGGUGGAAAGCUUGUACAGCACUUGUAAGCAGAACAGGGGGAUCUAUUCUGCCAUGCAUCUGGACAAAAUCUUCAACAUGUCGUCUUACCUGAACACAACUGUGUUCACUAAGGAUGUGGUGGACAAGCUGGAACGUGUUAAGAUUGACCUGAGAGGGAUAAUCCUGUUAGAGGCAGAAGGGAAGCAGAACCUCCGGGAUUUCUCUGAAGUGGGGCUGUCAGAGAUCAACUAUGCUGACUACCUGGAAGAGGUGAAUAAAGGAGUCACUGAGGUGGAUCUGCUCUCGUUCACCAGAGAGCUGGAGUCUCAGGCGGACCUCAUGCCCAGGGGUCCUCUGCAGACCGCCCUGAAAAACCACGUCGGGACUCUGCAGCAGAUCCACAGACAGCAGGUCCUUCCCAUGGAGCAAACCAUGAAAUAUGUUAGAGCCAGGAGCGCUCUAAACCAAAGUAUAAGGUUCCUUGAAAGAACGGCCUCUGACCUUUCGAACAAAGUCAUAGCAGUUCUUGAUGCUGUUGAAGCUGCUCAGUACCUCAUCUCCCAGAAUGUGACACUUUUAAUCAAUCAGGAAACAAGAAAAUACACAGCCACCAUAAUUGGCUACUUCCAUCAAUACAUAGAAUGGGUGAAAGCAUCUUUGGCAAUGGAGGUAGCACCAUGCAAACCAUUCAGCAACAUCCUGGACACGGCGGAGAUCAUGUCCUGCAGCUUCCUGGUGGACUCGAUGAACGUUUUCUGGAUGGGUCUGGGCUGCAGCACACUCUUCCUGCUCCCGAGUGUCAUCUUUGCAGUUAAACUCGCCAAGUACUACCGCAGGAUGGAUACAGAGGAUGUUUAUGAUGACACUGAAACAAUUGCCAUGAAAAAUAUGGAAAUGGGUAAUAAUGGUUAUCAUAGUGAAAUCUCACGAGGAAUUCCAAAGGUUGUGAUGACGAGCAUCCCCACCUAUGACACCAUGAACAGGUUCCCACGGGCCUCGGCUCCUCCGAGGCACAUCGACUGGUGACAAACAGCAGGUUCUUGUUUUGGCGCCUGACAGUGCUUUGGAAAACUGGAACUAAAAUGCACAACAGGCUGUCAUUUCAACAUGUCUCAUCAAGAACAAAAGCUUUUCUCCCAGUGGAUGAAGAACACCUCUAACAGCUUAAAUUCCUGGAGGGAUUUUUUGAAUUCAUUGAAACUUCUCAGACUCUGGUUCCUUUGUCUCCUGCAGACCACCAAACUCCUCCUGUCCCGGCUUGUUCUGCAUCUUGUGAAGGAUUUUCUUUGUCUGUGUUUACAUUUAUUUAGGCUGACAUCAGUUUCAACCAGAGAUUUAUGUUGCUGAGGAAAAAAGCAACUUGAAGUUCUCCUGAAAAUCACAGCAUGACAAGGAGAUGUUGAUUUCUGCCUUUAUUUCAAAUGGAUGUUACAUUUUCAGCUCAAGCUAAUGAAAAAUGUGUCUAAAAAUACUUGUGAUGGAACUGAAUAUAAGUGUUCUUCUGUUGAAAAUGCACAUUCCUUUGAACUGAAGUGUGAGUGAGGCUGAGUUCCAGCCUCCAACAAAGCGAAAUGAUGCAGGACAUGGAAAGGAAAUGUUUACAAUGUUCCAUAACAGCUCGUUCUUGCUGGUUAGAGACGCCUGCAUUCAACUGGUUGCCUUUUAGAGUCACGUUUCACUCUGGAUUUUACAGAUUUGUUCCUCAGAUGAAGAAACCAUCUGUACUGCAGGUAUUUUUUCUGUCCAGGAACUGCAUGAUGAAUGAUAUUCAUCGUGUUUUUUACUGAAUCAGUUUCCCCUAAACUCUGUAGAACCUGUCACCUCAGAAGUUUCUGCUAUGAAAAUUACUGCAUUUCCAGAAAAUGAGACAAUAUUGUUAUGGAUUAUUCCUCAGUGCAACUUCAUCAAGUUGAUGCCUUCCCAUCUAAAAAAAAGAUAAUGUGUAAAAAAUUAAUUUCUUUUUUUUCCAUAAUAACAGAAGAAACAAACAUAAAAAAAACACAAAAUCACAUCACAAUCAUAACCAUAGUGGAAGUACUUUAUAUUUUUCAUGUUAAAUCAAAACUAUAUUAUAGAUCAUUUGUUUAGUUUGAUUAAAAAAAAGAAAAAUAAGGAAAGAAAAAUUAGAAGUGUUUUAGUUUCCCAGUGUGAAUACAUGAUCGAUUUUAGUGAGUUCUUCUUUGCAGUCAAAGUAGUUAUAAAUUGGAGACUUAACUCUCAAGCCAAAAUUGUUCAUAGAGGUCCAUCAUUGAUGCUCUUGCUUAUUUUCAGAUGUUUUUGUAACUAUUUGUAGUUUUAAAACCAUGAAACAAGUGCAUGUCCUCAAGAGCUUUGUUUUCUUUUCUAUUCUUGCUUGAUAAGGAUGAAUUAUGCUGAAAUCUGUCUUUUCCUAUUUUGGGCACCUGCCUCCUUCUGCCCGCCUCGCCUUCAUGUUUACAGGUUAGAGUUUCAGCUGCUAUAUGUAGAGAAAUGACGAGAAAACACACAUUAUCCAUGAACUACUGUUAGGAGUCAUGCUGGUAAAGCAUGCUCUGUUGUCAGUGCACACUGAAAACAACCUGUCCAUCACAACACUCAGAAUCCGUUUAUGUUGACAGAAUCAUUUCAAUUCGGUGAUUCUUAUCAAAUUUCUCUAACUGACUUCUUAGUUGUGAGAAAAAAACUGACAUAUGUGUUAAAAACGAAAUAAGAAAGAAUGUGUCAAAAGAAAAUUUAGCAACAUUUGUUUUGUCAAAUGACAAAAGAGUCAUUAAAGCUUCAGCAGGGUUACACAAAACUCAUGUGAUUCUGCUGCUACCAACUUUGUUUGAAAGAUUGAAAUUGUUAAACUGAACUUGUUAUGAUGUCUUAACAUAAACUCUGAAGGAUUUUUGUCAUCUUUGACUUGGAAAACCUUUUUCUAUUUCGCUCUGAAGCCUGAGUUGUUAUGAUGGACUUUUGUUUCAAACUCAUGCGCUCACUUACACUAUCAGCAGCGUUCUUUGCUGCCGUCUGGUGACCCUCUUUGGAAAGGAUGCAUGGGUAAGUGCGUGUUUCUCAACCCUGAAGGAAGGACGAUACAUUGAUGGCUGUUUCCACAUGUGAUGGUUGGAGGUUGGGCACUGAGAGUGUCUGAGGACAGGCUGUGAAGACUGUAAACAAUGUGAAUAAACUCUGAAAGUGUAAAA